AUGCGUUCGGUGAUUAUAGGCCUGCUGAUGCUUUCGAGAGACUGGAGCACAGUGGCACUCGGAUUGAUGAAACAGUCUAGCUCGAAAAUUGUCGGUGGACAGGAAGCAAAACCCGGAGAAUUUUCCUACUUGGUGUCGAUUCAGUGGAAUUUUGACAACGGUUCCCGAGCUGUUCAUUUCUGUGGCGGCACAAUCGUCAAUGAAUCGUGGGUUCUGACAGCGGCUCAUUGUAAGGAAACCACCUUCGAGGUUGGCUGGCUUGAGGUUGUGGCAGGGAAGUUCAAUAUGCAGCGUGUGGAAAACUCUGAGCAACGGCGAAAUGUGAGUGCUUUUUUAGUACACGAAGAUCGCGCACCGGGCUUUGUGGGCCCGAACGACAUCGCUUUGAUUAGGCUUGAUGAACCGUUGAAUAUAACGGAUGAUGUUUCCAUUAUUGCGUUGGAUCGCAGAAAAUCGCCGGUAUACGGAUAUGCUAUUCUACCCGGGUGGGGAUCAAUUUCGCCUACCGUUGAGCCAAUAUAUCCGGAAAAAUUGCACAAAGUCCACCUACCUGUUUUUCCGUACGACGCGUGCUUGCAAUAUUUUCCCUUGUUUAGUCCACUAGAGGAAACCAACUUCUGUGCCGGUGAGCUCAGCGGAACGGCAAAUGCCUGCCACAAAGACUCGGGAGGACCACUAGUGCAGACGAUUGAUGGCCUCGACAUUCAAGUCGGAAUAGUCUCCUGGGGAGCUUUUCCGUGUACAGCAUAUCGUAGUCCAACUGUGAUUACCUCGGUUAGUGCUUUUGGGGAUUGGGUUCGGAAGACGAUGAGAGACUUCGAAAGACAAUCAAAGCGGCGUGCAUGGAUUUGA